CAUUCUCGAUAUCAGAGUCCUGUCAGAAGCCACUGGGACUAAGGUUGUUAUUCUAACAGAGGACAGCCAUGGCAGACUUACCAAGAUGCAGGAGCUGAGCCCAGGAGCUAAAGCCACCAAUCAAACUGUGACACUGAUCUACAGACCAAAGAGUGCCCAACACCCAGACGGCCAUUAUGACGUGCGCAUCAAUAACCAGACAGUAAACAUAGACAGCGAGAGCAAGAGCUGCCUGUUUCACGCUUUGGCACGAGGCAUGAAACCGGAGGCCAGGGAAGAAGAGAUCGCUUUAGAAGCAGACCGCCUCCGAUCUGUGGAGGCCGACACUCUCCUCAGACAUCCAGGCCAAUGGGAGCCUUUCAUCAAGCGCAAAGAGUGGACUGAAGCAAUCAGAGGAGGGGACUGGUACAUGGCAGAGGGAGCUGCACCAGCAAAGAAAAAAAUCAAACUCAUGAAAGAAACUGAGGAAGCUCUUGAGCAAGAAACUGGGCAAGUGAAACUGUACGAAGAGUGGCAGCAGGAUUCAAAGGACAGAAAAGGAAUUGGAAAGUUCAUCAAUGGAGAUCACCAACCACCAGUAAACAGUAUACUGAAAGCAAAUGAAUUGAACCAGAAUAGUAAAUUAGCUACAGCUAUGCUUGAGGUGGCAACAUCCUCUUCUCCUCUGGAUAAAAAGCUUAUAGAGGACGUAUACAACACUCAUGGGCUUGGGCUUCCAAUUGUUUAUGUGCCAGAAGAGGUGCAUCGUGAGUUCCCCAGUACAAAAUCUCAAAGAUUCAGGGACUUACUGGCUGAAACCAUAAGCAAGGAUGAUGUUGCGGCCACCUUCAAACUGACCAUCCUUGGUGCAAUGCCCAGAAGUAUGCUAGACAGCUCCAAGAAGUACAACAAUUUUGACCAAAAGAAAAUGAGUCCCACCAGGCUGAAGGUUUUCCAGGACAGUUUUUCAGAACAUUCUAAAGCGUUAGUGGAUAAAUGGUUCAACCUCCUUGGACACAAAACAGAUCUCAUGAAACCAGAGAUUAAAAAAGAAAUGGAGGACUGGAUCAAUGCUAAAAAAUAUGAAGAUCAAAAUGAUCCCUUCAGGAACCAAGUCAUCAGCACCCUUCAAAGUGUAUCGAAACCUGGCAAUGUGACUGAUUGAACUGAAGAAGUAAAAUGAAAACUACAGAGAUCUUCCAGCUCCAGGUUCAUCAUCAAGAGACCUCUCUGAAGAUGCAUCAUGAGAAUCACUUUUCCUUUGGUUUAAUUCAAAAUAACUUUUUACUAUCCAGGGGGCUCAUUACAGAAACAAUCCUAACUGCUUGUCCUGUCUCAUCUCAAAAGUGAAACAAAGGAAACAUAAAGAUUAUUCUACUUUACCUUUG